UUCCCCCCCUCCGCUUUCAGCCCCGCCGUGAGGGAGCGGCAAGAUGGCGCUGGGCUCCCGCCAAGGCUGCCGCUGGUGCGGCCGCGCCGCCCUGGCACAGCCGAGGUGGCAGCGAGUCCCGGAGCCGGCCGGGUGCCCGGCGCGGCCGUACUCGGAGGGCGGCGGUGCUUCCGAGGCGGCGGGCGGGGCGGAGCUGCUGGAGGUGUGCUGGCGGCGGCUGUUCCUACGGGGCGGCGCGGGGCCGCUGCCCUGGAGCGCCUACCUGAGCGGCCGCCACCCCGGCUUCGGGCCGCUGGGCGCGGCGCUGCGCGCCAACCUGGCGGCGCAGUGGUGGGACUCGGCGCUGCCCCUGCGGGAGCAGGUGUUCCCCGUGGAUGCCCCGCUCCACGGCCCGCCCGGCGCUCCGCGGGACGCGCAGGGGCUGCGGCUGCUGCACCCGGAGACGCUGCGCGAAGCCCUCCAGGGCUGUGGGCAGGGCCCUGGCGGCUCGGCCCUGGAAGAAGUACUGGGGGCCGCGGGGCUGCUGCGGGAGAGCCUCCUGCCCGGUGUUCUGGCGCAAUAUGUCAGCUGCUUAGAGCUGGUGAACAAAAGACUGCCCUGUGGCCUUGCUCAGAUUGGAGUGUGCUUUCAUUCUGUUCCAGAAAGUGAACAUUCUGUUUCAGGAAAUGAACACAACAAAAACCUUACAAGAAUAGGCGAGAGGACCACGUCUCUGCUUGCCUGGUUUAGUUCUCCCAGAACUUCAGGACAGUGGCUCGAUUACUGGCUACGCCAGAGGCUCCAGUGGUGGAGAAAGUUUGCUGUAGGCCCGUCUAACUUCAGCAGCAGUGACUUUCAGGAUGAAGAAGGCAGAAGAGGAUUUAAGUUACAUUAUAGCUUUCCUUGGGGGACAGAAACAAUAGAAACACUGAAGAACCUUGGUGAUACUGAACUGUUACAGCUGUAUCCAGGAGAGAGAUCUAAAUUACUUGGCCGAGAUGGAAGGAAGAAUGUCAUCCCUCAUGUUCUGUCUGUGAAUGGGAAUCUGGACCGAGGAGUGUUAGCUUAUCUUUUUGAUUCUCUACAGGUAGUUGAGAAUCCAUUAACAGCAAAGAAAAAUUCUCAGAGAAAGGUUUGCCAAGGAUUGUUCAAUGAACUGACAGAAAAUGGAAUUUCUGUAUGGCCCGGUUAUCUGGAAACUGUGCAUGUGUCUCUGGAACAUCUUUAUACAAAGUACGAUGAGAUGAGUAUUCCCUUCAUGGUCUUGAUAAGUGAUGGCACUCUAGAGAAUGGAGUAGUCCAGCUGAGAAGCAGAGACACCACCAUGAAGGAAAUGAUGCACAUUUCCAGGCUGAAGGACUUUUUAAUUAAGCUGAGAUCUGGCACAAGCAGCUGCACAGCACUGAGCUGACCCAGCAGGGCAGUGAGAGCUCUACCUACUGCAUGAACAGGAAGGCAGGUUUGUUUGGAGACAGUUACUCCAUUUGGACAUUUAGAAAUUGGAAACAAUGCCUUUGCUGUUGGUUUGUUGGGAGGUGUUCUUAUUCCCCUUGAAAAGAGGCAUUCACAUUCAUGGCAAAUGUAGAAAUGUGCAAGUUCAGAGCAUUGUGGCUGUCAGGUAAUGUCUUCAUUAUUGUCUGCUUUCUGCAAUUCAAGUACCAAAAUGUCUUAACAUAGGUCAGCUGCCUUGUUGUCACUUCAUAAUUUCAGUUUGAACUGACUUUGGAUCUUCCCAAACUUAAGAAGGAUUGAAUAAAUAACUAAAGUAUUGAACAAUUUUGAAAAGAAUGCAGGAGCUAUGCAAGUUUUAUUUUGCUACAGCUUCAUAUAGCUCACUGUUGC